CCCGUACGUGCGAGUAUGAAACAUGUACUUCCAAAAUGUUUCCGAAACGAGUAUACGAAAUAAACAGUGACAGAGUGAAGGCAAUGCCGCGGAGAGAACAUUUGUUUUAAGUAUGUCUCUAAAAAUAGGGGCAACCACCGUCGAUUUUGCUGCCGUUUUCUAACGUUUUGAUAGGCGGGUGCCCGGCGUUCUAGCGGAGCGAAGUGUGGGCUGGUGACAGGCAGACACAGCCACCUAGAAAUCCACUAUAACCAACAUAACUUUUAUUAGGGAGCGAGCAGAUUCGCCGCCAGUUCUUCGUCAGGUACACCCGGUCACUUCACGUUCUUCUCUUCACACCCUCAACACACUACCCAGCAGCAAUGGACGAACUUCCCCCAGAGCAAAUUGCCGUCCUCCGCAAGGCAUUCGAAGCCUUCGACAACCAGAAAUCAGGAAGCAUUCCAUGUGACAUGGUGGCCGACAUCCUCCGUCUUAUGGGCCAGCCUUUUGACAAGAAAAUCUUAGAAGAACUCAUUGAAGAAGUAGAUGCUGACAAAUCUGGUCGACUUGAGUUUGAAGAGUUCGUAACACUAGCAGCCAAAUUCAUCGUUGAAGAAGAUGAUGAAGCCAUGCAGAAGGAGCUCAAAGAAGCUUUCAGAUUGUACGACAAAGAAGGAAAUGGCUAUAUUCCAACCACGUGUCUCAGAGAAAUCUUGAGGGAGCUUGAUGACCAGCUUACGACUAAAGAACUGGACAUGAUGAUUGAAGAAAUUGAUACUGAUGGAUCAGGAACCGUAGAUUUUGAUGAGUUUAUGGAGAUGAUGACUGGUGAAGUUUGAGAAGACCAACACCCUGGGUCACGCUUAACCCUCUGCACUCUGUACCUUAUACUUUUUUUCAGAAAUCAAAAUGCAUUUUUGUUAUAAUGUGUUUAUUGAGAUGUACGUGAACAGAGAACAAAAUUUACAUGAAAAUAUUUUUAAUUAUGACUAGUUUAUUUAUAUUUAUUUAAUAAAUAUUAAAAUGUCUUAUCUUUUAUUAAUUUGUAC